AUGAGCAGUACUAGAUUCACACUUCCUGCCAAUUUUUCAUACGAUGAUCCACUUCCAUUUCAAUGUAAUGAGAAUCUGAAUCUGGGUGUAUCUCUGGCAAUGUAUGGGCUACAAGUCAGUUAUCUUAUACUUGGAGCUGCUCUCAAUUUCUUGAUUAUUUUGACAAUUUUCAAAUCAAAAAGUGGUUCUUAUCGACAUAACUCUUUUUAUAUUUUGUAUGCAGCAGAUGCAAUUAUGGGUAUUUAUAUAAAUAUUGCUGAAGUAUUAUUCGGUCGCUUAUUCAUUUAUAUCACUCCACUAUGUCCCAUUGUCAGUCCAUACUUCUUCACCCCUUCUGUAAUUACCAAGUUCUAUUAUGCAGCCGUUCACUACAGUUUAGGAUUCAAAACGUUCUCUCAGAUAUUCAUGAGUUUCAAUCGAAUGACUUGUGUCAUAUUUCCAUUGAAACAUCUUAAAUUGUGGAAUCGAAUACUAUAUCCAGUUCUCGUCACUUUGGUCAUUCUUCCUUUGGGCGUCAUUUGGAAUAUUUUGAUUUCAAGAGUCUACAUUAAUCCAAAUGGUGCUGGAUUUUCAGUCAACUAUAAAGAUACAGUCCAAUGGGCAACCAUUUCACUGCUUCAUUUGAUUCACUGUUCUAUUUGUCUUGUUCUUGUCAUUUUUUGUUUUAUCGUAACAAUUAUUGGAUUGGCAACACUUCAACAACGAAUUAAAAGUGCUGAAAGAUCAUUGACAGUCGUCACAUUGAUUAUGUCGGUUCAGACGAUGAUAUUUGCUUUUAUACAGAUUUACUUCGCUUUCUUUGCCUCCUAUUAUCGGAAUAAAAAAGUUCCGACAUUUUUUACCGACGCGCAAGAGUCGCGGAGUGUCUCCACAACUUCUCAUCAUCGACCUUUAUCACGAGCAGUUUCUACAGUAGUCGCCCCAGUUACCGGAUGA